UGCUUAUUACAUGUAAUAAGUUUGAGAGGACUCUAGAGGUGUGAAAGCGAAUGCAAAAACAGCAUUGAAAACAUAACACUUACACGCACAAUGUCAUAAAUGAUUAGCGUAUGAAGCCGCAUGUAAAGGAAACUCGCUUCAAAGCACGUUUGAAUGCGUGAUCAGGCAUGGCCACAGUUUUGAAAAAAUCUUUCUGUGCAUGCCCUCGUCUCUUGGCUCUUGUCUUGGGGUACUAGCCACAGAUUCAGCUGGGAGAGGUCCCAGCUCCACACUGUACUAUGCUAUGAUUACUGACUUUCUGACACUGACUGUAUAUCAUGUACAUUAGGUCUUGGUAGUCAGAGUGCACAAUGUGACAAACACAAGUGUGAUGACCCAAAAUCAUUACCAAUGGACACAGCCUUGGUAUUGCUAAUCUCUAAUGUGAAAAAUCCAGUCAAUGUGUUUGGUGUCUCAAGCAACUGUCACAAGUGUGGUCUUCAGCUUAAAAAAGAAAAUUUGACAGCGCCACAUGGAUUUACAUAUAACAUAACAGUACCAACCAAUUUUAGUUUCACACUGGCUGUCUAUAAUGCCGUAACAAACAAAAUAGUAUGCCCCCCAGCACAGUACAGUUUUGAAGAACAUGGCUUGUAUUCUUAUAAGAUUCAUGCUGUUAAAGGAAAUAUAUCCUGUAAACUGGUAACUAAUGAAGAACCAGACAGUAAUGUCUACUGGCCUCUACUGUAUGCCUUUUUGGCUAUUUUGGGAGCUGCAAUUUUAUGGAAUAUGCUACUGUAUCUGUUGAGGAGGUACAACCUGUUGGUCAACUGGAAACUGUUUCAUGACAUAGAAAGUCUUAUAAAUGCAGACCUUGGAAGCCCCACUUUUAAUGGGCCCGAGAGUCCCAUGGAUCAUGAUGACAUGGUGUGUUGAUUAUGAUGUCUAUUUUGUUUUUUAGUUGAACAAAUAUUUUAUACUCUAGAGUGGAACCGUGGAACAGUGGAACCCUGCCGUUUGGCCACCUUGUUCUUAUGGCCCCAUCAAGAACUCAGCCAGUCUUUUUCAACCCCUUUAAUACAGCCAACUCAUUGAUAAUGUUAGAGUUUUGUAGGCCUUCGGUUGCUGGAUUAAAAGGGGUCUUCUGUUGUUUUUCUAUUAAUUACAAAAGAACUCUGUUAAUCUGGUCACCAACAGGCCACAAAAAUCUGGCUGUACUAACUGGGUGGCUGAAUUAAAGGGAUUCUUUAAAUUAAACAAGAAAAAAAAGAGUGACUGAACUUUUGUUUGGUUCAGAAAGAAGUGGCUAUAAUACCAAGGGGGCCAUAUUAAAC